AUGGCGUCCAACGCAUCACCUUCAGUGCAAUAUCCUCCGGUUAAGCUUCCGCAUCCCUUUCUGACUGCAUAUAAGGUGCAGACAUCAGCACAUACUUCUCCGGCCAAGAACCGGUUGGUGCUGGAAAGUCAGCCCAGUAACGGACGCCCAUUGUCAGAGCCACUGCAUCUCGAAUCACUCUCAUGGACGGCUCUGACAAUUCCUACUUUGGACGAGCGCCCGCCCGCCUCCGAUAAUAGUCACUGGGCUAGAGCUCGCCGGAGCCCCUUCACUACAUUCCAAUGGGAGGCUGAUGUACCUUCCCUGGGGCAGAUUUGGAACGUGGUGCAUGCAAUCUAUCUCGCUCAUCCAACAUAUGAGUAUUUUCGGCUUACUCUUAUUGGUUCUGAGAGUGAUGUAAUUUGCAAGGAGCUCCUUACCACUGGACUUGGAAUAGAGCACCCUAAGCCAUGGCAUCGUCCCCAGGACAAGGCGACCUGGAAAUCGAAGGAAGUUUUGAUUCUCCGAAGCGCCUUCUGGCAAGGCGCUGCCUCACCAGCGGGCUCUCGUCCCAUCUGGGCCGCGGGAGAUGGCACAGAUGGUCCGCUGAGAACACCGCUAGAUCAAUUUCCAAUCAUGCCCGAGAACUAUCAGAUCACCAUGAAAUUUCCCGAACAGGCAGUAUAUACUCGCCACCCAACUCGUCGUCCGAAGCCACACCCCGGUUCAAUUGCCUAUAGCCGAUACAUUCCUGAAGUUGACGAGCACUUCUCUCUUGAGGUGGUUGAUUGGGAAAACCAAGAACACUUGAAACUUUUCAACACCUGGCAAAACGACCCGCGAGUCGCGCAAGGAUGGAAUGAAACAGGCACCUUGGACCAACACCGAGCAUAUCUUCGCAACCUGCACUUUGACCCUCAUGUUCUUUGUUUGUUUGGACGUUUCGACAAUACUCGUUUCUCAUAUUAUGAGCUGUACUGGGCUAAGGAGGAUCAUUACGGAGCACAUUAUGAUGCCGGAGAUUAUGAUCGCGGACGCCACUCUCUUGUUGGCGAUGCAUCGUUCCGCGGCUCUCAUCGAGUCAACGCAUGGUAUUCCAGCUGCAUCCAUUAUUGUUUCUUGGAUGACCCUCGCACAGUGAAUGUGGUUGGCGAGCCCAAGGCGACGGGCUCCACGAUUCUGUCGUAUGAAAAUUCUCAGGGUCUAACGAUCGGCAAAUAUGUUGACCUUGGCCACAAACGCUCGGUCCACUCCAUCUGCAGCCGGGAGAAAUGGUUCCAGCUGUGUCCGUUGUUUUGGGACGGGCGAGAACGGCCCUUGGAGUCGGCCGAUCGUGCCGCGUGGAAUGCCAAAUUAUAG